AUGGCAGAUUUGCAUCAGGGAGGCGAUUUCGAGGAAGAAGACCUCUUCGAAAUGGACCCGAAUGAGGUUGACGAGCGAGCAGAGGACCGAGGUGGAAUUGUGCGAGCUGGGCAUCAUGACAAUACCGAACGAAUGUUGUUAUCUGAUCAUGAAAGGAACCAGGCAAUCAUCAUCAAAGAAGCCAUUGCUGCUGCACCCAAUGUGGAUCCUGUUAGUGACUUCAUGUGUGUCCAGCUGGCAUUGAUUGAUGGAGACAACAUAGAAGCUGCCCUUGAAAGAGUGCACCACCUGGAAUGUUUCAGGGAAGAGUAUGGAAUUCAUGAUACAGCAACAGAUGGAAGGAAGUGCUUUGCUGACUUUAUUGAGCUCUUUCCAACCUUCCACUUAUGCUUCACUUUUGAUUCUGGGAACUAUGUCAUGAUUUAUGACAACACUAAGUUUGAUGCCAACAAGGUCAAAACAGAAGAAAACAUCCGUACAUGGCUUGGUGGUACCUACUAUAGUUGCGCCAUUUACUGCCCUGAUUUUGAAGCAAUCCGCUCUGGGGCUAUAAUAGUUUCGGAAAAUAAGGGAUAUGCAUGGAAAAGGGACAUGCGAUUGCUUGAAGGUUUAAAGAGGGUUUGGUCUGAGGUGGGAACUGUCUAUCCCAUGUCUAUCCAAAAAGUGAAACACUUCAAUACAGGAACUGCAAUGAAUGUGGUUCUCUCCAUGGUAAAACCCUUCCUUCCCAAGCACCUCCAGAAAAAUAUAGAAGUUGGUUGCCAAUUUGAACAGCGACUGGAUUCACUCUAUCUAGUUCCAACAGUGGAAGAAGCCAACAAACGAUUGCUUGCCCGAGUUGAAGAAACUCUUCAGUUGAGGUAUGACAAUGAAAGAACUUUCCGGCUUUGA